GUGUGCUGUCCCCCCAUGGGACCCCCCCAUUUCUCCCUGUUUCAGGCCCCGCUGCUGUCGCGGGACGUGGGGAAGCACCUGCUGGAGGUGGAGGAUUUGCUGCAGAAACACGCGCUGCUGGAGGCCGACGUCGCGGCUCAGAGCGACAGGGUGCAGGCGCUCAACUGCGCCGCCAUGCGCUUCACACACAUGGACGGUUACCAACCCUGCGACCCCCAGAUCGUGUGUAACCGCGUGACCCACGUUCAGAGCUGCCUGCGGGAGCUGGCCAACAUGGCGGCCGCGCGGCGCCAGGACCUGGAAGAUUCACGUCGCCUCUGGAGCUUCGUGGAGGAGCUGGAGGAGGCCGAGGCCUGGAUCCGCGACAAGGAGCAAAUCCUGGCCUCCAAAACCUGCGGCCGCGACCUGAGCAGCGUCGUGGCCUUGACGGGGCAGCACAAAUCCACGCUGGCGGAGCUGGGCGGGCGGCGCGCGGCGCUGCAUCAAACCAUGCGACGCGGCGACGAGAUCCUGGCCCAGAAGAGCCGCAGCCCCGCGGGGAUCCAGGACAAAAUGCGGCGCGUCAAAGCGCGCUGGAAGAAGCUGGAGGAGGCCGUGGGGCUGCACCAGCAGCGGCUGCAGGACGCGCUGCGCUUCUUCCAGUUCAGCGCCGAGCUGGAUGAUGCGGUUGCAUGGCUGCAGGACACGUAUCGCAUCGUGUCCAGCGACGACUUCGGCCACGACGAUUAUUCGACGCAGAGUUUGCUGCGGAAGCACCGCGCCAUCAUGGACGACGUGGAGCAGCACGGCGCAGCCAUCGCGGCGCUGAGGGGGCAGCUGGCGGCGCUGUGCCCCAUGCAGGGGAUGCAGGGGAUGCAGGGGAUGCAGGGGAUGCAGGAGCUGCAGCAGCGCGGGGUGGAGGCGCAGCUGCGGGUGGUGGAGGUGGAGCAGCUGUAUGCGGAGGUGGCGGAGGUGGCGGUGCUGCGGCUGCAGUGGCUGCGCGACGCGUCGGCCGUGUAUCGCAUGUUCAGCGAGGUCAGGGCCUGCGAGGUCUGGGUGGAUGAGAAGGAGCAAUGGCUGCAGAGGAUGGAGCUGCCGCAGGAGCUGGACGACGUCGAGGUGGUGCAGCACAGGUUUGAGGUCCUGGAGCAGGAGAUGAGCAGCGUCAUGCGCCGGGUCCUGGACGUCAACCAGGUGGUGACGCAGCUGGUGGAGGGGGGGCACCCGAGCGCGCAGGAGGUGCGCGCCUGCCAGGACCUGCUCAACGGCAGGUGGAACCGCGUUGUGGAGCUGGUGGAGCAGAAGCAGCAGCAGCUGAACUCGGUGCUGAAGGUGCAGAACUACCUGCUGGAAUGCGCCGAGAUCAAGGCGCAAGUGCGCGACAAGCGUCGAGCCAUCGAGGCCACGCGCUGCGGCGCCGCAGCCACCGCAACCAAGGGCGGCUCCGCAGGUUCUGCUGCAGGUUCUGCUGCAGGUUCUGCAGGUUCCAACGGGGACCUGGGGGGGGUGCUGGCCCUGCAGCGCCGCCUGUCCACCAUGGAGGCUGCGUUGGUGGUGCUGGAGCCGCGGCUGCUGCAGCUGCAGCAGGAGGGGGAGGCGCUGGCUGCAUUGUACCCCAUGCAUGCAGCACAACUGCUGCCGCCGUUCGAGGAGGUCGGGGCCGAGUGGGACGCGCUGCAGCGGGCGCUGCUUUGCUGCGAGGACUCGCUGAGCGUCGCGUCGCGGCUGCGGCGCUUCAUCCACGAGCUGGACGCGUUCCUGGGCUGGAUGGUGGCGACGCAGGACGCCAUGAACAACACGGAGACGCCCCAGAGCCUGGAGGACACGGAGACGGAGCUGGGGCGACACGCGGCGCUGAAGGACGAGAUCAAUGAGCAUGAGGACGGGUACGGCCGCAUCCAGGCGGCUGCGGAUGCGAUGGUCAAUGAGGGCACGGACGGAGCCGAGUCCCUGCAGCGCUGGGUGCAGCAGCUGGACGCGGGGUGGGGGAAACUGCUGCACUGCUGGGAGCAAAGGAGGGAGCGGCUGGUGCAGGCGCAUCAGUUCCACUCGUUCAUAAGGGACGUGACCAGGUGCCACGAGCGGCUGCAGGAGCAGGUGGGGACG